GUGUGUGUUGUGUCCUCAGGUAACUUCAGGUCCAGUUCAUCGUCUCAGUGUGACAUCAUGGCUGCUGCUGCCAACACCACCAAGAUCUCAUGGAGACUGCAGGAGUUCGAGGCUCACUCCAGCUCCGUCUCCUGUCUGUCUCUGGGGAAAAGCUCCGGACGCCUGCUGGCCACCGGAGGAGAGGACUGCAGGGUGAACCUGUGGGCCGUGAGCAAGGCCAACUGCAUCAUGAGUCUGACGGGUCAUAAGAACCCGGUGGAGUGUGUCCAGAUGAAUUCGUCGGAGGAUCAGAUCGUCACCGGGUCUCAGUCCGGGUCGAUACGAGUUUGGGACAUGGAGGCCGCCAAAAUUUUAAGGACUCUGAUGGGACACAAAGCGAACAUCACCAGCCUGGGCUUUCACCCGUUUGGAGACUUCCUCGCCUCGAGCUCCAUGGACACAAACAUCAAGCUGUGGGACGUUCGCAGGAAAGGAUACGUGUUCAGGUACACGGGUCACACUCAGCCGGUGAGGAGUGUGGCCUUCAGUCCAGACGGGAAGUGGUUAGCUUCAGCCAGCGACGACGGAACCGUCAAGCUGUGGGAUCUGAUUCAGGGGAAGACGAUCACAGAGUUCAAGUCUCACACUGCAGCCGUCAACAUCGUCCAGUUUCACCCCAACGAGUACCUGCUGGCCUCAGGCAGCUCCGACAGGACUGUGAAGCUGUGGGAUCUGGAGAAGUUCACGAUGAUCGGCUCGAUGGAGGGAAACACGACUCCUGUCAGGUGUAUAUGCUUCAGCCCGGACGGUGGCUGUCUGUACAGCGGGGCCACAGACUCUCUGCGGGUGUUUGGCUGGGAGCCCGACCGCUGCUUCGACGUGGUGCCGGUGGGCUGGGGGAAAGUGUCGGACCUGGCCAUCUGCAACCAGCAGCUGAUCGGAGUGUCUCACCUGCUGUCCAGCGUGUCGUCGUACGUGGUCGACCUGAAGAGAGUGAAGAAGAGCGGAGGCUCUGUCAUCAAGGGGGUCGUCCAGGACGACGAGCCACUCACCGAGCCCAAAGACCUGAAAGGAGCGGCGCUGAGGAGGAACUACGAGAGACCCAGCACCACCUGCAGCUCGCACAGGGUGAAGCAGAGGUCUGAUGCUGAUAGGCGGAGCCCCGAAGGCGAGAGGCGGAGCCCCAGCGAGGACGAGGCGGACGAAAAAGUGUCGUCAGCUGAAAUCCACAACCCAGAAGAUUAUAAAGAGAUCUUCCAGCCCAAGAACGCCAUCUCGCGAACUCCUCCGAGGAUGUCUGAACCUUUCCCUGCUCCUCCAGAGGACGAGACCAUCUUAAAUCUUAGCGUUGGCCGCUGCCUCGCUUGGCUCCUCCACACCUGUCCCAAAGGGUGGAAGCCGACUGUGGUCACCUGUGCGAAGCGUCCUACGCCCUCUGACACCCCCCCGCCCCUCCGCCCUCCCUCCGCCCCUCCGUCACUACGGACGAGUCCAAACAACAACCGAAGGUCAUACCUGAGCAGCAGGAACGAGCAAUCGGGCUCAACUCUUCUCCUAAUGAACCGUGGCGGCGCGCUCUGGAUCAGCGCGGGAGGCGUUGCUCAGAUCAAGAAGGACAGCUACAUGCAGACCGGCUGUACGUCUCUGAAGCUGAUCAUGAAACAUUUCUGGAUGUUGAUCUCCGACACGCUGAAGGCGGCGCCGUCUGUCGGAGUCGACAUCACACGAGAGGAACGACAUCAGCGGUGUCGAGCGUGCUGCAAGCAGCUGAAGAAUCUCAGCAACGUGGUGAAGAACAAGGCGGCACACGUCGGUCGUCAUGGCAGCGCCUUCAAAGAGCUUCAGCUGCUGAUGGCGCCGCUCGACGACUCGCUCUGAGAGCAAACGCAGUGACAUCACACUGACAUCAUCAGUCCAGGAUCAGCUGGUGUGCAGCAGGACGGAGCAGACGCCGUGUUUAAAGGCCUCGAUCAGACGAACAUGUUGUUUUAGAACCAGAGAAGAAGAACGACGUCGCCUCUGAUAGGCCAACAGACUGAUCGCAGGUCCGUGUUCUGCUGAGCGACUCGACGUCUCGACCUCGACGGCUCAGAUCCGGAAACGCUUGAACAAACGUUAAAGGAACGUUUGAGUCUUUGUAGAAGUUCAUACACGUCUGCUCCAUCACUAUGAGGCUAACUUAGCUUAGCAUAGAGAGUGUAAACAGCUGGUUCUGCUCCCAGUGAAAGGAUCCAGCACACUUCAGUCAAUGCUAACAGUCCCCCCUGUUUCCAGGCUUUAUGCUAAGCUAAGCUAACUGGCUGGCUUCAAACUUUCCCUUUAAAGUUUCCACGUGAAGUCGAAGUGAAAGUGAAGAGAGCUUUAAAGUGACCAGGUGACUCUGCUCACCUGGACGAGAUCUCAGGUCGUUUCAUGAUUAAUACUUCUGAAUGAAUGAAUGAUCAUAGACUGAACACUGACUGUUUUUAAUGAAUUCUUCUUCCUGUUCAUUUAAAUAAAGUUGGAUUUGUUGGAAUUCGAGUUUUUUUGAAACUGAUUGAUUUGACUGUUAAAUAAAUAAUAAAUAAUAAAAA